AUGGCAUAUGUAUUGUCGCUUCGGCCUCAGAGCCCACUCAAGCGUUCCUUCAGCGACAACCCAUACCUGAAUUCCUGCUCUCCUCAAAAAGACACGUUGCUUGCACCGCUGAGCGACAUCGCCGCUCGCAAUGGCUCCGCGUGCUCAUUGUAUUCCCUUGGUGCCACUAGAGCCGACUGGUCUCCAAGUAACGAGAACACACCACCCCUCACCUCUCAGUCGCUGCUGGAUCUUGUGCCUGAAAAACCCGGCUUCCCUUUCAACACCAGACAUGUUGUCGAAGAGCCACGCAAGCGGAACUGUGGGCCUGAUCGACCACCCCCGUCAUUCUCACGACUGACUGCCCUUCCGAAGCCAAUCCCAAGAGGGUACCAUGAGUCGCAGCAGGUGGUGGGGUCGUCUUCUGACGACCAAGACUCAGCUGAAGACAUGGACAUUGAUGAUAACAACUUUGAUGAUACACGCCUGUUCAACCUCUACGAAGCCAUCCAUGUACCAUUACCAGAAGGCCGCUGUACCGACGACGAUGGAAAUGAGCCACGCGAAGAGUACGAACAAGAAUCUGUUGCGAUUACUGUUUCCUCGCAACCCUUCCGGCGGUGGAUGAGUACCCUAAAACGUCGGCAUGCUCAGCGAUGGAAAGAAAACUUCUCAGACUUACCGCGGCUAUCUUUUGACCCUACAGACGGCUCAUCUGUCCUUUCGCGACCGCUAGGGAGACUUUCUGAGUCGGCACGUCGAACGUCAGAGUCUAUGACAUCUUCAAUGGGUUACGUGACGGCAAUGAAGUCGGCUUCGAUGACCACUGCUAGCAAGAGCAUCGCGCCUCGCUCGGAGGUGGGCAAGGUUCGCUUGGGCAACAGAAGCGGCAACUACUCUGAAGCACGUAGAUCACUUGAAAGCUAUCGCGGCGCAUUGGGACCUGUGCUUGAUGAGAACGCAUGGCUUCGAUCAUUGCAGCGUCGCAAGGUUGUUGAAGAAUUGAUAUCAUCGGAAGAAAGCUACAUCGCGGACCUCAAGGUUUUGAUCAACGACUAUUUCAUGAUCCUUACUGCCCUUCCUACUCUAUCGGGUCAGACGCGAUCAUCCAUACAACAGAACAUUUCUCAGAUCUUACAGCUCCACGAAGACUUGCUCGCCGAACUCCACCAUGUUGUACCUCAGGCAGAUUUCACAAAAAGCGCUUAUCAAGAGAUGUAUCCCGUGACGAAAGCCAAACACAUACGUUUUCAUAGCGCAGACAUCGUCCCAGGGCGCUUUGCCGAGCACAAAACGGCCAGAAGGCUCAGGCAUUCCUUAGAGAUUGGGCGGUCACCAGAUCGCAGGCCCCGAGGCCUAGUGACCGACACGCAGACGGCAGGGAACAUCGCCAAGGUCUUCAAUAAACAUAUGAAACGCUUCUUCACAUACGAGGAAUAUGGUGCGCAUUGGACGACAAUGUCUCAAGACCUUACCACCAUGUGCAAAGGACUACACGGCUGGCAAGAGUACGAGCGAGGUGUCGAAGCGCUGCAGAAGGUGGUUGCAUCAGAGAAUAAUCGAGAAGCGGGUAGCAAGAAGGCGCUCAGUUUUCCCGAUCUCUUGAUCAAGCCGAUCCAGCGAGUCUGUAAGUACCCUUUACUAUUCGAUGACUUAUGCCGCCACACGCCCGUGUACGACGACCCUGAAGCGCACGCCGAACUUGAGAAAGCUCUCUUCCGUCUACAAGAGACUAUUCGCGAAGUCGACAAAGCCAAAGACGACCCUCAGACCCGGCGCCUCAUUGAAAUCACCUGGCAGCUACAAGACCGAUUAGCUUUCUCGGACUACAAGAUAUCUCGAGCUCUCGUCUUCCGCCUUCUUGGACAUGUUCUCCUUUGUGGCGCUCUGCAUGUCACCUAUCAGACACCUGAUCGUAUCAAAGGCUCAUACCUGGUAUGCGUCCUGUACAAAUCUUGUCUGGUACUUGCAACGGCAAGUCGGUUCCAUACACCUUACACCGUCGUCGCUUCCAUUGGACUCGCCAAUGCCAGCAUCGAGGAGUCUGAUAAUGGCCGGGGCAUCCAGUGCCACACCGCUCCACAUACAUGGAAAUUCGUCUUCGAACACGGCCACCGCCUGCACGAACUCAUCUUCAGCGCCUGCAGCUCCCAGGAAGAAGAAGUGUGGAAGAAGCAGCUACGCGAGCGUAUUGUCUACGAGACACACGAUUUCGUCGAAGGCCAAUCUAAUAUGCAAGACAUGUACACCUCCCUGUCGCUAGGACUCAAGUCUCUCGGCCCUGUUUUCGGCCACGCAAACACUCUCGUGCGACGCAUGUCCGUCCACCGAGCAGCGACUCUAGGCGCAAAAACAAACAUGAGUCAAGUCAUCAUCAAAAACACCCAGGCGCAGAAGUUACCAGACACACCUCCUACUUUCUCACCCAGCGUAGUAACACGAUCGCAAUCUCACCUCUCCUCAAACCACAUCCCCACAUUAGCUCCCCGCCGAGCCGAGCGCAUCCGUCUAGAAGGGGCACUAGAAGAUGUAUGGACGAAAGACAUGCUGCCCUUCCCUGGCAUGUCGAACAGGCGGAUGGAAACCCAGAUUCGCGCUUCGGCCAACUCCGUCAUGCGCAAACUGAGUAUGGCAAGCAUCGCGAGCAAUUUCUCGCGGAGAUCUCCCAGCCUAUCUAACACAAGUAACACACGCUCUGAAGAUUCCUUUGGCAGUCGCAUGCACAAGAUGUCGAAUGGGAAUCUGCGCGCGCAAUCUGUGGCGACGGACAGACGGCCUGCUGUUGUACUGCCGCCUGUGGUGAAUUUCCACAGCGCACCUGCGGCGUUUUUGCCUGAGGAUUUUGAGGUCAGGGAUUCGAGGCCGGGGAGUAGACGGAGGAGACUUGCUAAUCAUGCUAUUGGCGUCGAACGGCCGGCGACGACUGAUAAAAUGGCGCUGAAUAAGCCGAAGAAAGUUAGGAGGCUGUCGACGAAUCUGAUCAGUCUUCCACGAUCAGAGUCUAGUGCGAGGGCGGCCGAGAGAAAGGCGAGCAAGGACUCGACUGCAACGACGCUGAGGGGUGCUGUGCUACCCAAUGAAGUGGACGUCACGAAGCAUAUGGAGAACAGGAGGCAGAAGAGACAAUGCGAGUACAACAAGACUGAUUCGAGACCGGCUUCUGCAGGUGUGGCGAGUGUGGCUUCGAACAAGUUCACGAAGAGCAAGAGUAGGAUUUUUAAUUUCUUUAGAUAG